AGAUUUUGAUCCCUCCAAGGUAACACCAAUCAUCCCUGUUUGGAUUUCCAUUAAUAAUUUGCCAAUCCACCUGCAUGCCAAACAAGCCCUGAUGUCCAUUGCCAACAUAUUUGGUAAACCUCUAAAAAUGGACUCUACUACUGAAAGCUUCUCCAGACCUUCUGUGGCUAGGUUCUAUGUGGAAAUGGACCUAUCAAAGCCUCCACAGAAUUCUUUCUAUGUCAAGAAUGGGGAUACCCCUCUGUUGUUACAAGCUGAAUUUGAAAAUCUCCCUGAAUUCUGCAAAGUUUGUAGAGGCAUCAAUAGGCACUCACCUGCCUGCAAGCUCUCCCCUUCUCCAAUGGCUAAGAUUCCAUCCCCAAACAGCUAUCAAAUAACCAACCCUUCUCAAACUGACUUGGGGAGAGAUGAAAACAUUGAAGGAAAGCUUCUUGAGGCUGAACAGACUAACCCCCAACCUGAGGACAGAGGUUACCACUCAGAUGGAGGAACCAUUUCCAAGAAUGGUUUUAAACCUGCAAACAGGAAAUCACUUAAAUCAACCAACAAACCCAUGGAUUCAGAAAUCAAAAGGAGAUCUGCAAGGCUCCAAGAAAAGAUGACUAGUAACCACCUAAGGACAAAAGUCGCUCGCAAGUUCCUUAAGAAGGAAAAACUACAUGGCAAAAAUUUCCUCGUCUGGCGUGCUGAUUUGAUCGAAGCACUUCGUGCGAUUGGAAUAGAGUAUGUUCUUUAUAGGCCAAUACCAGAACGUCCAAAGACACCCGUUACAAUCAUGAGAGACAUAAAAAUCUAUCAUGAGCACGUACGCGAUGAUGGGAUUGCUUUUGAAAUCAUGCUAGCCUCAAUGUCAAAGAAGCUCUCGCAGCAACUUGAUGGGGUCAAUUCAUACGAUAUGAUCGUGCGAUUAGGAGAUGUCUUCAUAAAUGAUGACGAGCAUGAGAGAUACUUGGCUGCAAAGAACCACUGUGACAACUUGAAGCGAAAAAGGGAUGAUUCCUCUGCUUCUGGCAAGCUUGACGCCAAAUCCGACAAAUGUGUCUUCGUUGGAUAUCCAAAGGAAACUCGUGGAUAUUACUUCUAUCACCCGACUGACAACAAAGUGUUUGUUGCUCGAACAGGACCCUUUCUAGAAAAGGAAUUCCUUUCAAAAGCAGGUGAUGGAAGAAAGAUAGAUCUCGAAGAAAUCCAAGACAACGAAGCGGAUAACCAACUAGACGAAGAGAGACAGCAAGAGGAGCAAAUUGUUGUUCCUCAACCCACCCAAGAAACACAAGCCCUUCAAAGGUCAAUGAGAACACGAAAUCCACCCGAAAGGGAAGAAGACGACUUUCUGAAAACGCGAGAACACAACAAAGGGAAGAAGACGACUUCAGAUCUAGAGUUUGAAACCCUAGCACCCGUCCAUGGAUCUCCAAGCGCUCUAGAGAAAGGCGAUAUUCUAGAGAAGCUACCACCGUCGAAAAGCUACAGUAACAAAGCCGAAUGACAUCCAAUGGCCUUUUCAAGGACCAUCUGCGCUAUAUAUGGUUGUAUGUGAAUUGUUCUCCAAGGGCGGAGAGGACGUCCGGUCGAGGCCACACCGACAAAGAAGGUUCAACCAUCUGUACCUGUAAUUCGAAUAUGUACUGCUGUGGUUGUUGAGUGGUUGAUAGUUGGCUUACAUAUUUUACUCUAUAUUUUAACCAUAUUAGUAAAUCUGAUUCCUUAACUAAAAUUUUAAGUUUAACGUCAUGCUCUUAUUUGAACUUUCCUUCUCCAAUUGCAAGCUAUGGAAUUACUUCCAAAGAAGAGCAUGGACAUUCUGAAUGAGAUCAGGGAUGUUCCUGAAAUUCUCAGAGGUUUGACAGAAUAGUUCAAGAUUGAUCUAGCAAACUUGUUAUUAGGAUUUCGGA